UAAACACAAUUUACAAUUUGAAAUCUUUCUUUAUUUCUCUAUAUUGUAGUCCGAAUCUACUAAGAACCUGCUAAGAACUAUUAGUUGAAUUUCCACUCUGUAUUUGCGUUUCUUUACAUUCAGUUUCAAUCAAGUUGUACGAGUUUGGAAGCCUAUGAGUAGUGAAAUUAUGGGCUCGGUUACUAGUGAGAUUAACUCUUUAAAGAGUGCAAUGUUGGACGAAAGCAAGUUUGAUGUGCACCUCAAAUUGUGGGCGCUUCGAAUCCCUCGUGAACUUUGCAAGGUUGCCACUCGGAUACUUAACGGAUACAUGUUUGACAGGCCCCGCAUCAAACCUGUCACUCAAGAUCCAACAUGUGACAAAAAUCGUUAUAUAAUAUUAUCAGAAAAGGUUGAAAAUUGUGAUUUAUCUUAUAUUCCUUUUCAAAAACUUGAUGAACUAAAAGCCCUAUGCAAGAUUGAAGUAGUUCCACAUUCCUUGACACUUGGAUAUUCCUAUUGGGGUGCAGACCAUGUGUUGAAGCAGAUUCUGCCUACUGGAGUUGAGGUGCCUUCAUCUUUUGAAACAAUAGGUCACAUUGCCCAUCUGAAUAUUGCUGAUGAACUGCUUCCUUACAAGGAUGUUGUUGCGAAGGUUAUUUAUGAUAAAAAUUAUCCCAGAAUCAAAACAGUUGCUAAUAAGGUUGGAAAUAUUACUAACGAGUUUCGUGUGCCAAAGUUUGAAAUACUGGCUGGAAAAAAUGAUAUGGUUACAGAAGUGAAGCAAUAUGGGGCAACUUUUAAACUUGAUUACAGCUUGGUCUAUUGGAAUUCAAGACUGGAACAUGAACAUAUAAGGCUGGUUUCUCAGUUCCGAGCAGGGGAGACCAUUUGUGACAUGUUUUCUGGCAUUGGUCCGUUUGCUAUUCCAGCAGCACAGAAAGGAUGCCUAGUGUACGCAAAUGAUUUAAAUCCUGAUAGCAUUCGUUAUUUGAAGAUUAAUGCAGAAAUUAACAAGGUUAAUGAACGUGUCUCUGCAUAUAAUAUGGAUGCGAGGAAAUUCAUUUCUCAAUUGAUGGCAGUGCCUACUUCCGAGACUAAUCCAGAGUCUGAGGUUCCUGUUCUCAAGGCUUGUGAAAAUUGCACCGUACAGGCAAAUGGGGAAACAAAGUCUGAGGACAUAAGGCCUGCAGGCGAGUUGGAAGAACUAACCAGUUGCAAUAUAAGCAAUCUGGAGGGUGUUGAAGGUUCAUGUCUGAGUGCUGAUGCAAGUGCAACUUCAGUCAAAAGACGUUCUGGGAGUUGUCAGGAAGUUUCUGCUGCAGAUGAGGGAAGAGCUAAUGGCGCUGUUGUUUAUGUAGCUGUUAGGGAAAAAGGAGGAUCAGUUAAGCGAAUGAGAGGCUCUGAGUCAUUUGAUACUAGGCUCUGGGAGCAUGUUGAUCACUUUAUAAUGAAUCUACCUGCUUCUGCUUUAAAAUUUCUGGAUGCAUUUAGAGGCCUUAUCCAGAGGAGAUGCUGGAACGGUCCUCUACCUUGGGUUCACUGCUAUUGCUUCAUGCGGUCAAAUGAAACAAAAGAACUGAUAAUUUCAGAGGCGGAGUGUGCCUUGAAUGCUAGUAUACACGACCCGAUAUUUCAUAGGGUUAGAGAUGUUGCUCCAAACAAGGCAAUGUUUUGUUUAAGCUUUAGGUUGCCGGAGGAGGCAUGCUGUGGUGAAGACAUGACUAACAGCAUCCGCUAUGCUGAUGGAGAGACAUAAGCACUGGUUGAUCACGUCUUCUUGUGUAAAGUCUUGGGCCUUGUUUCAAUUACCUAACCUGAUACACAAGGCAACCAAAAACAUAGAAUUUGACACAGAGAACGUUAGAUUAGAGAAAUUAAUGUCAAACAAUGCUUCAUAUUUUUUUUUCUUCUCGCCUUCUCUUCAUGUAAAUUAGUGGAGUGCAUGGUCUGCUUUUGAGAGGUGCCAGGGGGGUUCAGUUCAACGUCUGAAACUGCAUUGUGCAAUUAAUAUAGCACCUUAAGUCAUAUAAUACAAGUGUUCUAAUUUUGUCCUUGAA